AUGGCGUUUCCAACGCCAACUGCCACGAAGCUAAUUGCCGCCAGCCGCAAGGAGAGCUCGCACUACACUCUCGUCAAGCUACCAGAGUUCGAAAGCAGCGAAGCUAGCAACGUUUUCCUUGGAGGUGACGGCUCAGUGCCGCCGAAGAUAGCGGCCCUUGACGUUGCCAAAGUCGGCACGGAGCCUGUCAGCGUUCUCGUGAUCACUUCUCGCGGCCCAUUCUCCGGCACCGUGCUGCCAGACGUGGCCUCGCUCAGGCUUCGUGGCUCAGAACUCUUCCAGACCGUUCACGCCGUCAUACUAUCAGAUUCAAUCGAGCCGGGCGACCAUGGCUCUGCGGGCGACAAUGGGCGGCGGAAGGACGAUGUCAAACAAAACCGGCUGCCCGCAACAGAGUUGAAAAAAUGGACCAAGGAGAUCACAGUAACGCCUCUCUACGCACGGGUGAUGCAGGCCGAGUCGGAUUCGGAAUCAGACUAUGAUAACGACGUGGAUGACACUGACGAGGAGCCGGAAGAUGAGCCGUCAUCGGCAACAUCUAUGAGUGCCAUGACAGACCAGCAAGCCAAUCUUGAGGUGGAAAAUGAGAAGCUCCGACAUCAAAACCAAGAGAUGAAGCGCGAGAUGAGAGUCCUGGAAGGCGACAUUGAUGUGCUCAUGGAAGACAGAGAAGAGCUUAAACAGGAGUUAGAACACCUUCGCAGAAGACUUCGGGAGCAAGAAGAACCAGUACUUGGCUAA